AUGCCUGCCCCCGAAGUUUCCUCCAUGCGAUCAUACGACUCCCGUCCUGCACUGGGCCAUGUCAACCUUAUGAUUGACACAUUCAUCGCAAACGCGACCGCUGACGAUCUCCGGUCUAUUAUGCGUAACCUCCUCGCCACAGGCCCUCCAGGCCUUUGCCCAGCAUUCACCAACGCUGCACGUUCACGGCUGUGUCAAACGCAAGCAAAAUCAAAAGUCAACCCCUAUGCCUUCUUCCGACGACAAACGCGCGACUCUGAGGCAGCCCCUCUACCUCACCUUCACGAAACUCUGACCCGGGCUCGUUCGCUGUAUGGAGCGGGUUUGGGCUUUGCAAGCUUGGGAAUACUUGCGUCUGUCCUUCGCGCGACCGUAGGACUCCGGUGGCAAGACGAUGGGGAUAUGGCUGAUCUUCUGGCCGUCAUUGAUGCUGAUGUAGGACAAGCGAUUCAGAGUUCGAAAGAAGAAAUCGAAGGUGGUCGUGUUGGGGACUUCCAUGCCGCACGCGAAGCCGUGCAGGAGCUACGGCGUUCAGUACACGAAAGUCUCGCAGACGUUCAGAGUUGGGGAGGUGACUUUCCUUUCGAGAGAGCGCUGGCGAGCCUUCAGUGUUGGAAGUUUUGAUUAUAACCUUAUACCCCUUUACCUUAGUUUGUAUAAUUACUUACAUGUUGUAUAUUCAAGCUUCAAGCUCUCGCCACCUAGAUAGAAUUGUCCACUGGAAAUUUAUCAUUCC